CACAUUUGAACCAAUGGCAGGAGGUUCGGGACUGCUUUAGCCAAUGACUAACUAGUCUGAGUGCGCACUCCGUUGGACGACGACGACCAUGGACUGGAGUAGUGUCCUUUUCGGUGUAACAAACUUUUAGCAUUUAGUUUCGAUACGGGCAAAACGGAGUGAGUUGGGAGCUGCUGAGAGCAGUAAUGGGGGAUAUUGAGGGUUCAUACCGGGUCCUGCAGACCCCUGGCACAAGGCUGGGAGCCCAGUUCAAUGCUGGUAUCAGCACUUUGGAGCCGGGCCAGAGCCUCAGUGGCAACAUGAUCGGUGGGAGCAAAAGCCAUGGGCGAGGACUUCAAAUCCGUGUGCAGGGGCUGGACGACUCCCAGGAGUUCUUUGAUAUAGACCCAAAAGCUUUUGGACAGAGCCUCCUCUCUGAGGUUUUCCUGAGAGGCAACCUCAUAGAGAGUGAUUACUUUGGCCUCGAGUUUCAGAACAUGCAGUUGAACUGGGUUUGGCUGGAAGCCACAAAACCCGUUGCGAAACAAGUUAGGAGACCAGCAAAUACGCUAUUUAGGCUGUCGGUGAAAUUCUUUCCUCCAGACCCCGGUCAGCUGCAGGAGGAGUACACGAGGUACUUAUUCUCGCUGCAGAUGAAAAGAGAUAUGAUGGAGGGAAGGUUGAUCUGCACAGAAAAUACUGGUGCCCUGCUGGCCUCUCACCUUGUCCAGUCGGAGAUUGGUGACUAUGAUGAUGUAGCAGACAGAGACUUUCUGAGGGUGAACAAACUGUUGCCUUACCAAGAGAAGGUGCAAGAGAAGAUCAUGGAGCUCCAUCGCAGACACCUGGGCCAGACUCCAGCUGAAUCAGAUUUCCAAAUCCUGGAGAUUGCCCGUAAACUGGAGAUGUAUGGCGUCCGCUUCCACCCAGCAGCUGACCGGGAAGGCACCAAAAUUAAUCUGGCUGUUUCUCAUAUGGGCCUUCAGGUUUUUCAGGGCAACACAAAAAUAAAUACCUUCAAUUGGUCCAAGAUUCGUAAACUAAGCUUCAAGAGAAAACGGUUCCUGAUCAAGCUCCACCCAGAAGUUCAUGGCCCCCAUCAGGACACACUGGAGUUUAUGAUGGCCAGUCGAGACCAAUGUAAAAUCUUUUGGAAGAUCUGUGUGGAAUACCACUCAUUUUUCCGUUUGUUUGACCAACCCCAACCCAAAUCCAAAGCUAUCCUCUUCACUAGAGGCUCUUCCUUCAGAUACAGUGGAAGGACCCAGAAGCAGCUUGUGGAGUACGUCAGGGAAAAUGGAGCAAAGAGAACGCCAUACCAGAGGAGGAACAGUAAAAUCCGAAUGUCUGCUCGCUCCCUAGCCACAGAUGUGCCAAAACAGUGCUUGUCAUUCAAUGACAGUCUCAGGGCCCCAGGCUCUCCUUCCUCCGCUACUGUGUCCUUCUACCCAGCGCACAUCUCUAGUAUUCUCCCAAGAACAGAACUUCAGCCCCAGCCUUUGUCCACACUGAGCCAGUCUUCAGCGCAUCCCCUGCAGCACCACCAGCAACAACAGCAGCAGCUUCAGUCCCCUCUGCAAGUCGCCAGACCCCCCAGCCCUCCGAAGGAGGAACCUGUCAAGGCUGCUUCUCCAUCUCACUACGCUUUUCAAGAUUCAGUUGUGGACAGCCCCCAGCUCUCGCCCUUCAACCCCAAAGGUCCCCUCUGCCUAUCACGAAGUUUAAGAACAGUAAUGGCUGGCAGAAACUCUGGGUCGUCUUCACCAACUU